CAAGUGUCCUUUUGCGGCUUUAAGGAACGUUGUAUACUUGUAGGCUUUCUAUUAUUUUGGGAAGUGAGUGGCAGCUUUCUUUAGCUUUGUUCCCCUUCUUCGCUCUUCUCUCUUUAGUUUUGUUCUCUUUUUUGGGAAAAAUGGAAAAAUUGUCGGGUUUAAGCCAUCUGUUCAUGACAUUUUUUCUGCAUAAUUUCUCAACGUAUAUGGUGGUUCCUGCAAUCACUGACGUUACAAUGUCUGCAAUUUGUCCUGGAAGAGAUGAAUGUUCAUUAGCCAUCUACUUGUCUGGAUUCCAACAAGCGAUCAUAGGGCUGGGAACAUUGCUAAUGAUGCCUUUGGUGGGAAAUUUAUCAGACAAAUAUGGAAGGAAAGCUUUGCUUACCGUACCACUGGUUCUUGGCAUAAUACCCUUAGUCACAUUGGCGUACAGCAGAACAAGAUACUUCUUCUACGCAUAUUAUGUGCUGAGGACUCUCACUGCCAUGGUUUGUGAAGGAAGCGUCCACUGCCUUGCUCUCGCCUACGUGGCGGACAAUGUUCCUGAGGGGCGGCGAGCAUCGGCGUUUGGAAUCCUUUCAGGGAUUGGAUCUUCGGCAUUCGUUUGUGGAACACUUUCUACUCGUUUCCUCUCUACUGCCUCAACUUUCCAGGUUGCUGCCUCAGUGGCGAUCGUGGCCUUAGUGUACAUGAAGGUUUUCCUUCAGGAUUCAAUCAUUGAUAAAAACGUUUCUACGCCGAUGCUCUCCAAUGGAAAGAGUAAAGUUGAUAAUACGAUCGGAAGUUCAAGCAAGAAUGUUCAUAUUUUCAAGACGAUGCCUUCCCUGGACGAUACGCUCUGCUUGCUCAAGAGCAGUGCCACGUUCUCGCAAGCCGCUAUAGUUGCAUUUCUCAGUAAUCUUUCAGAGGUUGGCCUUCAUGCUUCAGCAAUGUAUUAUUUAAAGGCACGAUUUCACUUUAACAAGAAUCAAUUUGCUGACUUAAUGGUAAUUUCUGGGAUUGCUGGAACCAUUUCGCAGUUGCUUCUCAUGCCCAUACUGGUUCCUGUUUUAGGAGAGGGGAGAUUGCUUUCAGUAGGGCUCUUUUUUUCAUGUGCACAUAUGUUUCUUUACAGCAUUGCGUGGACCUUCUGGGUACCUUAUGUUGCUGCUAUGCUCUCCAUUUUGUUUGUGUUUUCACAACCAUGUAUGCGGACCAUUGUGUCAAAGCAAGUUGGGAGCUGUGAACAGGGCAAGGCUCAAGGAUGCAUUUCAGGCAUAGGUUCAUUUGCCAAUGUCGUGUCUCCUUUGCUGUUCUCUCCUUUAACAGCUCUGUUCCUAUCUGAAAGAGCACCAUUCCAUUUCCCUGGUUUCAGUAUCAUGUGCGCUGGAUUCACCUCGAUGAUAGCCUUGAUUCAGAGUAUCAUGAUGAGAUUGCCGCCUCCUUUGAUUUCAAACGAGAGAGUCAAUAACUGCAAUUAUGUGGAUGCCUGAUCGUGAUAAGUGUGGGUCAAACCACAAAAUUUGGUUCUAUCAUCAUUUUGGGCCUUAAUCUCUAUGCAAAACCUUUCUCUAUAUUUCUGUAUAUAUUAAGGGAUAACAUAGAUUUAUGAGGCUAGAAAUCCCGAAAACGAAGUUGAAACUUAGGACUAGCCAUAAGAUUUCAACUAUUUGAUGCUCUAGGUAGGGAGUUUAUCUCAUUGAAGUAGCGCUCGGCUGAAGAAGUUCAAGAUUUCAGACCUUAAAUUGGAAGUUGAUCAGUGAUAACUGCAGUGGAGUCUGUCUGGUGGUGUUGUAUUAGUUUAUAUCUAUUUUUGGGUAGUCCAUGUUAGCCAGGUCUGAGAAGAAGUGGAAAACUCUAUUUACAAGUUAGGAUGAAUUUAUUAGAAACAAUAUAUUUUUUUAAAAAAUACCUGAUUUGUUUUUAAUUCAAUAUUACUGGCUUGUUAAUCUA